AUGCAACAACCGGGGCUCCGGGGCCGCAAGUUCGCCCAAACCUUUGACAUUGGCUUCAAGAAAAGGGACAACACUCCCAACCCGAUUGCUUUCAAACGCCCCGCCAAUUCCUCGACGCCCGACACAAUGAUUACCAAAUACAUGACCGAAAUCACCGCGCGCUUCAAUCCCUUUUCGGCGUGCGCCAAGCCCGCGCGGCUGUUUCUGACUUUGCUGCCGCCGAAUGCGCGAUCGAGCGGGACGACCAUCAACACGACGCUCCUGCCGCGCACGUCGACGGAGCCGAGCUCGGUGGCCGUCAAGUUUAAGGACGGCAAGGAACUAAAGUUCAACACGGGCAAAAUCACCAUCAAGGGCCUGGUCGAGGAAAUGGACCGACAUUCGCGACAGCUGCAGAAAAAGGCUGAUCUUUCAGAUUGA